UACAGAUUUGACAGGGAUUUCUCAUUCAUCAUUUAUGGAAUCUGAUGUCGACUCUCUACCAGACAUUGAUAGACAGCUUAUGAUGGGGGUGUCAAGUGAAGAUAUAGAGACACUGAAACAGACAGCAAACUCUGCCAUACACGACUCACUCCUCAAAAAGAUACAAAAGAUUGACCAGGAAUACUGUAAGUCUAGGACCCACUACAGCUUUGUGGAGGCCCUCAUAAGGAGAGUAAGAAGACUAUUGAGGCUCAACACGGGGAGCUGAUAGGUUAUAAACACAGACGUGUGGCUACAUACAUGUAGUGAAAUGAUUGUUGUCUAUGAAUAUGACUUAAAAAGAACAUUCAGAGAAAUAUUCUGUACAUCUAGGAACAAUUUUAUUGAGUGCUAUACUGGCAGUGGACUAUUUGAGCCAGCAUUGCAUGGAACUUGACCUACUGUAUCAAAAAUCUGUUGAAAUAAUUUUUGACUCUGUAUAAUAGAUGUAUGCGAAUUUAAUUCAGAUGAAAACAACUACAAUAAAGUUUUUUCAAGAAUCAGA